AUGCUUCUCUGUUGGGGCAAGCAGGACUGGGUCGCAGCGACCGCAGCGUUGUCGCGCGAAAGGCGUGGCGACGCGGGCUACACCUUCGGCCUCAGCUCUUCGGAGGAUCACAAGGGACUCCUGACAGCGCAGAAGGACAAUGCCUACCGAGUCUCCACGGAAGGCAGCUUUCUCUCCGGACACUACAACACGGUGUUGGGAGAUCAGGAGAUCCCUUCGUCCGGCCGCUCCUACUGGGAGGUCAAGAUCGUGACCAAACCUUCCGACGCAUGGGAGUUCAUAGGCGUCGCCGAACCAACAGCAGACGUGACAAUGCCGCUUCACAAGAACAAGAAGGGCAAGGGAUGGUUUUGGGGCGGCGACUGGAGCGAAUCCUUCAUCUACACUUUCAUGGAAAUGAAGCCGGGCAUGAACGACAAGAAAAUGGUCUGCAAGGAAGGCAUGUCCUCACCGCUGCCGCCCAUCAGCCCUCGACCCAUCUACUCAGCAAGCUCAGCCGCAUCUGCAGCGAGCGGAUCGACUCGAAGGGCGGCCGAUCGUCUACCGGCGCUGGAUAGCAUGUCACAGAUGUCAGCUCGCAUCCAGGCUCUGUCCAAGCAGCAGGUGGAGCUGAAGCGUGAGAUCAAGGAGGCCAGAUCACUGGAAACGCCCCCACCGUCCGAGAGGGUCUCCGAGAAGCUGUGCCCGGCAUCUCGCGGCUCCCGCGGCUCCCGCGGCUCCCGCUCUCUGCCGAUCGAGCCGCGGGGCGGGGAACGGCGAAGCUGGGGCAAAGGAAUUGGGAAGGACAGCUCGAAGGGCAGCUCGAAGGGGAGCUCGCAGAAAGGACAGCAUUGGAAGCCGACAGGUCGGGUGUCUGGAGAACCAGGGGGCUUGGGCGGCAGAGCCGACAGAGUGGCUCGGGCUGCGCGGCCGCCGCCGGCCACUGCCGUGAGAACGUACGACGAUCGCGGCAUCCCCAACUUCCGAUCGCGUCAUGAAGACAUGAAAGCCGAAUGGGCAGGGAAGUGGGGUGACGGCGACGAGGAUUGGGGUGAAUGGGGCGAGUGGGAUGAGUGGGAUGAGGACGGAGACUGGGGCUGGGACGAAGGUUGGGAUGACGGUUGGGAAGGUGGAUAUGGAUGGUGA